AGGGCCAAAAAAAAUGGCGGGCGCCGAUCUCAGCCAAUGACAGCAGGAGAGACAGGCGAGCGCUUCUCUCCGACUGGGAGAGCGGGUAUCGCGAGAUCCCUGAGAUCUCCUUCCACCACCCCGAGUUCCCAUAACACCCUGCACGCGCCUGGCCUCUUCCUUUUUCCGCCAUCUUGCUGCACCGGCAUCAUGGUGCGCAUGAAUGUUCUGGCCGAUGCCCUUAAGAGCAUCAACAAUGCAGAGAAACGUGGAAAACGUCAAGUUCUCAUUAGACCGUGCUCUAAAGUAAUCGUGCGGUUUUUAACUGUGAUGAUGAAGCAUGGUUACAUUGGUGAAUUUGAGAUCAUUGACGAUCACAGAGCUGGGAAAAUUGUUGUUAAUCUCACAGGCAGACUGAACAAGGUAGGGUUUGAUUUAGUGCUGAAUUCUUUUUUCUUUCUAGAAGGCUGUUUAAUUCUGAGAAAUAUACACUCUUCAUAUACAUUUAUAUUAAUCUUAAUUCUGUGAAUGUGGUUGUGUAAU